AGGUGGCGCUAAUUCUCUUGUGUUCCCACCGUUCCCGACUCGUUUUAUUAACAAAAUAACUGGAACCCCACCGAAAGUGAUCAAGUCAAGAGAAGCAGAAGUUUGACUCUGAAAACAAAGCUACUUUUUUUUAAACAGCCCUGCGAUGGAGCCGCAGCUUCCUCCUCAUGAGGGAGCCGCGCUCUCUGUGGUCGACAUGCACACGGGGGGAGAACCCCUCCGCAUCAUCGUCGCCGGCUACCCAGAGGUCAAAGGGGACGGCGUGCUCUCCAAGCGCAGGUACGCCCGGGAGCACCUGGACCACCUGAGGAAGGUGCUGAUGUACGAGCCCCGCGGCCACUACGACAUGUACGGAGCCCUGAUCGUGGACAGCGAGGUGCCCGAGGCCCACCUGGGGGUGCUCUUCAUGCACAACGAGGGCUACAGCACCAUGUGCGGCCACGCUGUCAUCGCCCUGGGGCGCUUCGCCGUGGACUACAAGCUGGUGAAGGAGCCGCGGUCGCCGGAGACGCAGGUGAACAUCCACUGCCCCUGUGGGCUGGUGAAGGCGUUUGUGGAGUACUCCGCCGGGAGAACGGGAGCAGUGAGGUUUCUGAGUGUGCCGGCAUUCGCCUUUGCCACAGAUGUGACGGUGGCAGUGGAGGGGUUCGGCGAGGUGACGGUGGACGUCAGCUACGGGGGAGCUUUUUACGCCUUUGUUGACGCACAGAGGUUUGGCCUGGAUGUGAAUCGGUCCAGAACCCGGGACCUGGUGGACGCAGCCACAGCGGUGACCAGGGCCGUUAAAUCCCAGGUGAAGUUGCACCAUCCAGUCAGCGAUGAUCUGGCCUUCCUGUACGGCACCAUCCUCACAGACGGCAGAGAUGCGUUCUCGCCUGAGCCCACCGCCAACAUCUGCGUGUUCGCCGAAGCUCAGGUGGACCGAAGCCCCACCGGCUCAGGUGUCACAGCUCGAGUGGCUCUUCAGUAUCACAAAGGUCUCAUCAAGCUGAACCAGAGCAGGACGUUUCAGAGCGGAGCCACCGGAUCCCAGUUUACAGGAAAAGCUGUUGAGGAGACCAGCUGUGGAGACUUCAGGGCGGUUGUGGUGGAAGUAGCCGGCCGAGCUUUUUACACCGGAGUUUCACGCUUUGUGCAGGAGCCGGACGACGAGCUGACCCACGGGUUUCUGCUGAAGUGAGGGUCGCCCUCCACAUGUCUGGCACGGCGUGGAACAUUUAGACAUGAAGCGCUUUUGUGACUUGAAAUGCUCCAAGACGAUAUUUACAAUAAAGUUAUUGAUUUAAAAAAAAAAUUCCUAA